GUAUCACUUGCAUUGCUUGGAAAGAAUUCUGUAACUUUCGGUUGAUAGAUUUAUUGUCGGGUUCAAAUUAGAAAAAAGAGGAUAAUUUUGUGGAGUUGAAACUGUUAUGCUUUAGUUUCCACAUGAGGACAGCUAAAGGAUGGCGAGUAACUAUGAAAGAUGUGCAGUUUUCGCCAACAUCUCGCCACCGUGGUCCAUUAAAGAAGCCAACAUGGAUUAUUGUUCUGAUAUCAUUAAUCUGCAUGUUCUUAAUUUUUGCUUACAUAUAUCCACCACACAAUCGCUCUGCUUGCUAUGUGUUCUCUUCUACCGGUUGUAAAGGGUUUUCAAAUUGGCUUCCGCCUCGUACUGUAAGAGAACUCAGUGAUGAUGAGAUUGCAUCCCGUGUGGUAAUAAGGGAUAUAUUACAUGCACAAUUAGCUAAAUCUGCGAAUUCCAAGAUUGCUUUCCUUUUCUUGACUCCUGGUGCUCUGCCCUUUGAGAAGUUAUGGGACAAAUUCUUUCAGGGACAUGAGGGCAGAUUCUCUGUCUAUGUGCAUGCAUCUAAGGAUAAGCCAGUUCAUUCCAGUCGUUAUUUUAUCAACAGGGAGAUCCGCAGUGACAAGGUAGUAUGGGGAAGGAUCUCUAUGGUUGAUGCAGAAAGACGCCUACUGGCAAAUUCACUUAAAGACCCUGACAACCAACAUUUUGUCUUGCUUUCUGAUAGUUGUGUACCAAUACGUGAUUUCGAUUUUGUUUACAGCUAUCUGCUGAACACAAAUGUCAGUUUUAUUGACAGCUUUGAGGAUCCUGGUGUGCAUGGAAGUGGCAGGUACUCAGAUCAUAUGUUACCUGAAGUUGAGAAGAAAGAUUUCCGGAAGGGAGCACAGUGGUUCACUAUGAAGAGGCAACAUGCAAUUGUUAUAAUGGCAGACAGUUUAUAUUAUUCAAAAUUUCGGGAUUACUGCAAGCCGGGGAUGGAUGGUCGCAAUUGCUAUUCAGAUGAGCACUACCUACCAACCUUUUUCUAUAUGCUUGAUCCAAGUGGCAUAGCUAAUAGGUCAGUAACACAAGUUGAUUGGUCUGAAGGGAAAUGGCAUCCAAAAUCUUACAGGGAACUAGAUGUCACUCGCGAGCUUCUGAAAAAUAUGACUUCUAUUGAUCGGAGUGAGCAUAUAACUAGCGAAGAAAAGAGGCGAUAUCUGACUGCGCCUUGCAUUUGGAAUGGAAUUCAGCGACCAUGUUACCUUUUUGCGAGGAAAUUCUUACCGGAAACACUAAACAACUUGCUGGUGCUUUCCUCAAAUUACACUUCUAAAAUUUGAGUUGAAAUAUCUUUGGCUUGUAAUUCUUUGGUCGUUAGAGCAUGCACAAUAUUGCUUGCGUAGCGAA